UCCUCCUCUGUCAAAAUUUCUGCUUCCCCUGUAACGCCAUUUUCCCUAGGGAAGCUUACUGUCACACUACUGUGCUCGAUACUGUACAUACAUACAUCGAUAUGUGUAUGUUUGUACAUAUGUAUAUAGGAAGAACGCCGUGAUGAUUCGAAGCGUAAACGAUCGGUAACCAAUUUUAAAGGAAAAUUAAAAUAUCGACGAUUAAUAUUGACAUUUAGAAGUAGAAUAAAAGCAUCAUUUUGCUUCGAGAUAUUAAAAUAUUUUUCAACGAAGCAUCAAGAAGGCAAUAAAAGUUAAUAUAGUGUCAGAUUUGACGAAUUGAUCGAAGUCUUUAUGAGAAUUGAUGAGAAGAAAGUAUAAGAAUGCAUCAAAACAGAAGAAAAAAAAAGAGAGUGAAUUACGGUGUAAGGACAGUGGAGGUACUGCGUGGAAUGAAAGGAUUUGGUUUCACGAUUUCGGGACAGCAACCUUGUAUUUUGAGUUGCAUCGUUCCAGGAAGUCCAGCAGAAAUUGCCGGAUUACGAGCUGGUGAUUAUUUGGUGUCUGUCAAUGGUCAUAAUGUCAGUAAACUGCCCCAUGAUGAUGUUGUACAACUAAUUGGUCGUUCUAAAGGUCUUUUGAGAUUACAAAUAGCUGAAAAUUAUUAUUCUGAUUCUUCAGACGAAGAAGGAGUAACAACAGUACGUUGUAAGCCUAAAUAUAUUUACAAGCCACGUGCAAGUAACAUGGGAGCAUUGCAGUUGCAAUGUAGAGUUGCUAAAGUUGUAAGAGAUUUACAAAGCGGUGCCAUGUUUGAUGCAACAGGGAAAACAUUGUCUGAAUUACAAAACCAAGAAACUUACUACGAUUUACAUUACCACUGGGAUAUGUCUAAUCCUCUUCCUCCACCUCCGCCACCAGCUUCUCAUAAAAGAGAUUCUGAGAAAAUAGUACAUAGAACUGUUGUCGGUUAUCUUGGAACUAUUGACAUUCCAAAUCAGUUGCAUCCAUCCAGCAUGAUGCAGGUUUUGAGAAAGUGCAUCAAGCGAUUAAAGGCUGAAAAAAGAAAUCCAACCACUGUACUUUUAACUAUACACGUGGCAAACAUAAAGCUCACUAACUCAGAGAAUCGUGUAAUAGCAGAAUAUCCAUCUUAUAGGAUCAUAUUUUGCAAUUCUUUUUCUGAACAAGACAAACAGUACUUUGGUAUAUUGACUAAAUCUGUUAGAGAUAAAGAGAACAUUGUUUCAAAUUCAUGCCAUGUUUUUACAAUUUACUAUAAAUUGAUAGAUCAUACAGUACAUUCUAGCGCGUGUAAUAUAUUUGGAUUUACGUGCACAAAAACUUCCGAAUUAAAUGUAUGUCAAGAGUUUCCGGAUAGCUGCAACGGUCUGAUCGGUGCGAUCCAGACUUUGUACAUAUCAGAUUCAACAGGCACCGAUACUAAUUCGUAUAACGAAAUGAGAAGACAUCAAGAAACUGCUUCUCCGCAGCCAAGCAAUAUAAGUACAUCUACGGCUCAUUCGAGUAACAGUGACUCAGGAAUUGGCUAUAAAGAUGAUUGUGCAAAUCGUUCGGAUAGAAAUACCGUGCAGAACGUUUCUCGAAGAAGAUGCUGCCUUAAUUCAGAGUACAGAGAUGCACACGAGUAUUCGUCGAAAACGUACGGUAACGAGAUUACCGAUUUAAAAUUGACGGUUCGAGCUGUAUCGAAACAAGUAAAUAGGAUAAACGUAUGCUGGAACGAAGCAAAUAAGUCGGAUAUGUGCAGGAGUAACACAGAAUUAACUCAUGAAGGUGUUGCUUUUAAUGAUUUUUGCAAUGGAAUGAGUACGUGUACAGAAAUGGUGGAGGAUCACGAGAUGAAUUCCGGUAUAGAAAAAGGAACGAAGAGGGGGGAUUUGCCCACCUGUCCAUUGCCAUCUGCUGCUACAGUUAAGCAGGGGUUGGUUAGUUCGUCCGUUGGUUCUCUCGCGUCCGUUUGCACUACUGCGAUGCUGCACGGUAUUGAAGAUUCUGUCGAGACAUCGGACGAUUCUGUAGUUAGAUCUAAACGAUUGUUGGAUUUCACGGGAUUAACAGAACCUGCGGGAAUCGAUGAUCGAGACAAGUUUAGCCCGAAAGUAUUUUCUGGUAUUUCCAAGUCAUUAGUGCAUAGUUUCGAAGAUCUAAAUACGAACAUGGAUUACACUCGACCACUCUGCCAGACUUAUUCAGACAAAUCGGAUAACUCUCGCCCUUGGGGAAGUUUACAGGAAAUUCGAAAUGUUGGAACCUAUGUGCAGGAUACCUGUUUGCACGGUAGUACAGAAUUGUACGAUAAAAACACCGAUUGCAAAACUAUACACGCAUGGGCGAAUGGUUUUGAAAAAUUACUGGAAGAUCCAAAAGGAUUACAAACGUUUGCGGAAUUUCUAAAGAAAGAAUUCAGCCAUGAGAAUAUUUAUUUUUGGGCUGCUUGCGAGAGAUAUAAAGAUACUAAAGAUAUCGUGACACGGCGUAAGUUAGCUAAUCAAAUUUACCAACGUCAUUUGUCCAACACAGCGGCCGAACCCGUGAAUGUCGAUAGCCAUGCCACUGGCCAAAUAACUCAGGAUCUUUUAUGCGAAGCACCGUCAGAUCUUUUCGUACAGGCACAAAAGCAGGUAUUUAAUUUAAUGAAAUUCGAUAGUUAUCCAAGAUUUUUGAGAUCGGAUUUAUACCGUCGUUGCAUAGAGACCGGAAGUUCGGUAAUUGGAGCGGAGGAUUGUGAUUUAAAUCUUACCAGUUCUCCUAGCGUAAAGUUAAAGAAGAGUCAUUCGGACGCGGAAGAUCGAUGCAGAAAAUCCAUUCUUCCUUGGAAUAGAAAAAACAGGUCCAAGUCGAAAGAUCGUGGAGAAUCUGAAUAUAAUAAAACUCCUAGUAGAAAUGAAACCAUAUACAAGAGUUUCACGACGAUGAAAAGGGAAGCAGAAGGUAAUAACAAUGACGACAGUAUUUCUAUAUCUAGUAGCCGAUCUUCGUUAGCGUCAUGGGAUUUGGCGUUGAGGCAAUCGUUUCAUAAACACUCUUUAUCGUCCUACGAAGGACAGUCGAACGAAACUAAAGAAGUUCGCGCCAAAUGUACCGGUUUGUGUCGGGUAAUAUUGCCCGAUGGAUCGACUACGGUUGUGCCAACUAGCCAAACGGAGAGUAUUAAAGAUGUGGUUACACGACUUCUAGAUAAAAGAGCUCUCCGAUACUCUAACUAUGACGUUCUAAUCCUAGCCACAGACGAGACGAUAGAGACGAAAUAUCCAUCGUCGGUGUUGGCUGGUCAAGAAGUGGAAGUUGUUCCAACAAAAGUAUUAAAAGUAGAUCUACCGUCACGUCGCGUGAUAACCGUAAUCGCGCACAAAGGCAGAACCCUGAAAGAAGUGCUCAGACCUCUUUUGAACAAGUACGGUUUCAAUUUAGACACGGUCACUGUAUGGAGUGAGAACCGUUGCAUUUGUCCUGAUAUACUAGCCGUCGAUGCUCCAGCUAGGCUAAUUUUAACGAACACAAAAGACGAAGAUCCACAGAAAGAGGUGCGUACCAUUAAAUCGACGAACGACCCGUCACACGCUCAACCCACCUUAGACGAAAUUACCAACAAGGUAUUCGAAGAGUUAUUAGUGGGUAAAAGUACGAGUAAGCAUCAGUACAGCGAAGGCUCGUGUAAGUCGGACGACCAACGUUCCGAAGGUUCGUCUAUUUUGCCCAGCAAGUUUUUUCUCCGGGAUUCCACGAUGCAUGGAAAGAAGAAAGGAAAAUCUAAAUGUAACAACACCAGCGAGAAAGGUAGUACGAGUGAUUACAUCUCCGAAGAAACUAGCAAGCCUCAUCCUCCUUUAAUAGCCAAAUGGCGGAACGGAGUGAAAUUACAAUUACCGGGAAAAUUUGACGGUGAAGAUCUAUACGAGGGUUUGAAACGAGCGCAAAGAUCUCGAUUGGAAGACCAGAGAGGAACGGAGAUCAAUUUUGAGCUGCCAGACUUUUUAAAGAACAAGGAAAAUGGUGGUAAGCCGACGGAUCGCAAUAAGGUACGAAGACCUAGGAUAGUAUCAGCAAAUUGCGAGGCAAACUCCAAAUUUUACGGUUCUAUCCAUGAACGGCAAAACUGUGGCGGAAAGGAUCAAAAUACGGUUGUUUCGUCGAAGAAUGGAGCUACCGAUGCACGAUUCUAUGUAUCGGUUACGGGAAAAGAGCGUCAAAGUAAAUCCUCCGAGAAUUCGUUCGUGUUGGAUACUACUUUAACGGACGGAGAUCGGACCAUCGUGGAGAACGGAUCUUGCUGUCGAAUCGGCGGGUUGGAUUCUUCCGAUGCUGAAACCUCAUCGCCUCCGAAAUCAUCGAAACCUCCUCCCCUGCCGCCGAAACCGAAAAAUCUUGUAACAAACACAACGAAAACUGGUUAUAUCGUGUCCUCGAAAUCUUUACCAAAGUCUAAUCGCGCCACGGUUCCCUUAAGCCCAACCGACUCCAGUCGGAAAAAUAUUUUUUAACCCGUAUUAAAUAUUUGUCAACGGUCAGCGGAACGAGCUUUUAGUAUUAUUAUUCGUUAUCUGUCCUAUUACAGAUAUAGAAUACAGUUUUAUGGUCGUUUCGUGUCGUCCGACUGGGUAACGGCUUAAGGAUCCGAAACUGUUUCAGGUGCCUUAGCUUUCUCAGUUAUAUACAACGUACUGUUAAUCAAGAUUUAUACGACUAUUAUAAACGACGAAUAUUUAUGAUUUUUUUUAUAUAGCAAAGCUGUUAGUCUCCUGGUUGUACAGGACAUAUAUUUUAUUGUAAUUUAUAGACGGCGAGCGUUGUUAUAAGCAAACGAUGAAAGAGAUAUUUAAGAUUUUAUAAGCAAUAAAUAAAUUAUAUAAACUUUGUUUUA